UUUCCAAAAUGGCGAAUUGUCGAUGUAUUGCAAACCGUUUUAGAAAUAUAAUAUUUGGUUGCAGCUCUAAUACAUUUAUGAGAUAUAUGCACACAACAAGGUACUCUCUAAAUCCUAUGGUUCCAAUAGUAAUCGAGCAAACGGGACGAGGGGAGCGUGCAUAUGACAUAUACUCUCGACUUUUGAAGGAUCGCAUUAUAACUGUUAUGGGCCCGAUAACUGAUGAUCUGGCUAAUAUAGUUGUGGCACAGUUGCUCUUUCUUCAAACAGAAAGUGCUAUAAAACCAAUUCAUAUGUAUGUAAACAGUCCAGGUGGGGCAGUCACAGCUGGCUUGGCAAUUUAUGACACUAUGCAGUACAUUCGUCCUCCGAUUUCAACGUGGUGUGUUGGUCAAGCAUGUAGUAUGGCGUCAUUAUUAUUGGCUUCUGGAGCCAAUCAGUUACGUCAUGCUUUGCCUCAUUCUCGAAUCAUGGUUCAUCAACCUCACGGAGGGGCUUCGGGUCAGGCCACUGACAUUGCUAUUCAAGCUCAGGAAAUUUUGAAGUUAAAAAGAAUAAUCAACGAUAUUUAUUCAAAACAUACAGGACAGUCCGUCGAUAAAAUUGAGGAAGCUCUAGAAAGAGACAAUUUUCUUUCCCCAGAAGAAGCCAAGGACUUUGGGUUAAUUGAUCGCGUUUUGUCACAACCACCAAAUAAUGACGACGAGAAACGCGAGAAACUUAAGGAGGAAACUUAUUAAAUAAAGUGUCAAUCUUGUGUAAAUUGGUUUCAUAUUUAUAAUAGUUUUGUUCAUAUGGGAUUUUUACUCAUGGCAGUUAAAAAUUUGCAAUGCCUGACUAUACUAUGGUGAAUUUUAGUUCUUCAAA